CCUUGAAGCACCGCCUGCUAAAAAUACCCGGCUGGAGACCUAUAAAAGCGCAGCCGAGGGGGCCCUGGUCCAGCACUUCUCCGAGUCUGCCCGACGCGCGCAGUGGAUACGAGUGGACCCGAUCCAGAUCCAGAAUGACUGAGCGCCGCGUGCCCUUCUCCUUCCUGCGGGGCUCCAGCUGGGACCCUUUCCGCGACUGGUACCCGGCGCAGAGCCGCCUCUUCGACCAGGCCUUCGGGCUGCCGCGGCUGCCCGAGGAGUGGUCGCAGUGGUUCGGGGGAUGGCCGGGCUACGUGCGCCCGCUGCCCCCCGCCGCCGCCGAGGUCGCGCCCGCCUACAGCCGCGCUCUGAGCCGGCAGCUGAGCAGCGGCGUCUCCGAGAUCCGGCAGUCGGCCGACCGCUGGCGAGUGUCCCUGGACGUCAACCACUUCGCCCCGGAGGAGCUGACGGUGAAGACCAAGGACGGCGUGGUGGAGAUCACGGGCAAGCACGAAGAGAGACAGGACGAGCACGGCUACAUCUCCCGCUGCUUCACCCGGAAGUACACGCUGCCCCCGGGUGUGGACCCCACCCUGGUCUCCUCCUCCCUGUCCCCUGAGGGAACGCUCACCGUGGAGGCCCCGCUUCCCAAGGCGGUCACGCAGUCAGCAGAGAUCACCAUCCCUGUCACCUUCGAGGCCCGCGCCCAGAUUGGGGGCCCAGAGGCUGGGAAGUCCGAGCAGGCUGGAGCCAAGUAGAGGUUGUCCCCUGCUGCCCACCCCUAGUAGCUGUCACUGGCCCUCCCCCUCCGCCGAUCUGUAUGCUCUUUUGAUACAUGUAUCUUCUGUUUUUCUCAAAUAAAAUUGGAAGCAAACGCUUA